AAAUCUGAAGAUCAAAUUAUAAAAUCUCUCUGAUAUCAUAAAAUCUCCAAAUACACUCUAGCUUACAAGAUCAUGAUUUAUUUCUAAAAUCUAUAUCAAUCGCGAAAUGGCUAGCUUUCUAACUCGUCACUUCCCGUGGUUUCCCUGUCCUCGGUUUCACUUCCUGAAAUGGUGGACAAGGAAAAACUACGAGAUAAACUCAGUAAGUAAAUAUGGAGUGCCCCUUAUCAAACUUAAAGCAUGCCAACAAGUACAAUAACGAAAAACGGAUACAGUGCGGGAACGAAAUAGACGUCUCCUCUAUAGGUCAUGGCCAGUGUUUAAACCUCCCACUAGCAGGCAACAGGAAUUGCUAGUGUUUAACUCCCACUAGCAGGAUUACAGGAAUUAACCGGUUCUAUCAGGAACAUGUCGACAUGUGCUAGCGUUUGACCUCCCACUAGCGGGCAACAGAAUAACAUGACCGUAUCGAAGACAAAACAGGCAGAAGUUAACAGAAAAUUCAUAAUUCACUAAUCACUUUCAAAUCAUCAGGACAAUCAAUUAAAUUCCAAGUAGGCAUGCUCAAUUUCAUGAAAAGCAUAAAAAUUCAGAACUUCAAAUUAGUCAUACUUGUGUAAAAACGGGUUUAGUCCCACCACCACUUCAAAAACAAAUUAAAACAUGCUUUUAAAA